AUGAUUCAGUCAAUUAUCUCCGCAAUCAAAGGUGAAUUGCCGGAUCUGAGCGAUCUACAGCUAGCAGAUUAUAAGAAAGAAAAUAACCCAAAGGUGCUCAACAUGUCGAAUGGCUGCCCAAUCUUUGACAAACGAAAUGCUCUCACUGUUGGACCAAGUGGACCACAACUAAUGGAAGAUAUCGUUUAUUUGGAUGAGAUAACUCAUUUCGAUCGUGAGCGAAUUCCAGAGCGAGUGGUGCACGCCAAAGGAGCAGAUUUACUAACUGGUUCACGACGUACCUCGUCAGAAGCGAUACAUACUCAAACUCUGCUACUUUUCAUAUUUCUUUCUCAAGAACUGAGCGAUGACAGAUAUAUUAUCUCAAAGCUGGGUUUCGAUGGUUGGCCAGUGCUGGGUAAAGGCCACUGCAAAGCCUCCCCGACCGCUGAAAAUCUUUUGCCCUGA